GUUUCCCAAAUACACCCCACCAGCUAAAACAGUCGCUGACUGGAAGAUGUUUGCCUGUAUACAGUGGCUUUUAGCCAUGCUGUUGAAAAUACAUACAACAGGUUCGGAAUCUUCAGUCGGUGGGGGGAUAUUUCCACGUGUGCAUUUUGUUCAAAAGGGAACAAACACCACAAUUUUCUGUAAGCUGGACAACAGUAGCCUGACAAGUAAUUCCUUCUGGAGUUUGGGUUCAGAUAUUACUUCUGCACAGUAUGAUAGGAUAAAUGAGACUGUCAUCAGUGUCACCAUUGGCAAUCUGACGGCCCCAUCUGUCACAGUGGAAUGUUGUAUCUACGCACCUGAUAAACAGCUCCUGGAUGCAAUUGACAUUUGGACUGGAUAUCCACCAGAAACUCCUCAAAAUAUAUCCUGUGUUUACUACCACAAAGAAAAUAUCACUUGUACCUGGAGGCCAGGAAAAGACACAAUAAUUCCAACCACUUUCAUAGUGACUACAGAAACGCCAUAUGGUACAACAACUGUCUGCAAUACAAGCACCAAUUACUGCUCCUUCUUCUAUGACAGUGAUAGAUUUGGCUGCGAAUAUCAGGUACAGGUGGAGGCUACAAAUGAACUCGGUGGAGCUGCAAGCCAGCUGAUAUUAGUGAACACCACCAGAUUAGUGAAACUGGAUCCCCCUGAAGUUCUCUCUUUGAAAACCCUACAUGAUGCGGUUCCAUCAUUUGUAUUGACAUGGAGAAGACCUACCCUGGCACCAGAUGGGUUAGAUGUGAAAUGCAGUCUACGGUACAGCGAGUUGCUGGCUGGUGAAUGGAACUAUUGUCAUAAUAUUUAUAUGGAAAAAGUGGAAGCGAGUUAUAAUCUCACAGGACUCAAUGCGUUCACAGAGUAUGCCAUGUCACUUAGAUGUAUUGGAAACAAUGGUCAAAUUCUUUGGAGUGAGUGGGGUAAAGAGAUGAAAGGAAGGACCGCAGAACAAGCACCUUCUCACAAAGUGGAACUAUGGAGAGUGAUCACAUCAAACAACAUAAGAAUGGUACAUCUGAAAUGGCAGGAAAGACCCAAUAUAAAGCCAACUGGAAUAAUUCUGGGCUACUUUGUUCAGUGGUUCCCAGAGGACAAGACUGCUGCUGCGGAGAAUAAAACUACAAACCAGAAUAAGUUGUCGCUGAAUAUAUCCGAACAGGCUUACAUAAUAUCUGUUGUGUAUUACAAUUCAGCUGGAUCGUCCCCUAAAGCCACACUAAGAAUUCCAGCCAGUAAUGAAAAAGCUCAGAAUCUGAUUGAUGAUGUUCAGAUAUCAACAAGGAAUGAAGACAUGACUGUGUCCUGGAAUGUUACCAGACCGGGGAUCCAGAGAUUUGUGGUAGAGUGGUGUGUGGAUUUGGAAACAGGUCCUUGUAUUAUAUUCUUUCAGUAUGUGGAGAACGCCUUAGAAUGGACAGCAGGAAAAGGAACCUUUGAACCCUAUAAACGUUACAAACUUUCAAUUUACCCUAUAUUAGCAGAAAGGGUGGAGGCUUCAUAUACAAAGUGUUUUUAUUACAAGGAAGGAGCUCCCCUUCGAGGACCUAACGCCAGAAUAGAGAACGUGGGCAAAACUGUGGCAACAAUAAAAUGGGAUCGAAUCGGAAAGGAUGAAGCAAACGGAUUUUUAACUACAUUUAGUAUUGUUUAUAAAUCUAGUAAUGAACAUGAAUCUGUUGUUACAGUGGAUAGUCAUAUCUACAGAUACACGCUACAAUUGCUGCCAAACACUCUGUACACGGCUUAUGUUUUAGCAAGUACCCAGGCUGGGAAUACAAGUGGAGAACCUGUUGAGUUCCGCACAUGGAAAUAUAACACUGAAGAUAUUGGCACCUUCAUUGGAACAAUAGGAAUAUGUGUGAUGCUUGUAGUAGUCGCUGGAAUUACAUAUGUGCAAAGGAAAAAAAAGAUAAAACAUCUCUUCUGGCCGAACAUACCUGACCCAGCACAGAGCAGUAUUGCAGAAUGGCCAUCAGUCUGGUCACAGACCACUCUCAUUCAGAAUUCCACAGAGUCAGACGGCGCCUUCCAGUCAGACGACCUUCAAGUUCUAGAUGCGGUGUACAAGAAUGAAAGAGUCCGCCUUAUAGAUGAAGAAAUGAGAAAGCUUCUAUUUGCUGACAUGCCGAAGAGUUCCACGUCUUCUGUGAGCCAGGAAGGAUCCUCCCAGGUGCACUAUGCAACCACUGAGAGGUGUCAGGAACAUUUACCUUGCACACCACCAUCAUCUCCUGGCUCAGUAAGCAGCAGCUUGCUGAUCACUAUAGCUGGUGACCUAGAUGCUGAGAUCCAGGAGGUGCCACAUGCCUUGGAACUAGCACAUAAAAUUGGAGCAGAGAUUGCUGAAGUCAACCCAUACCUGAAAAAUUCUGUGAGGACGAGGGAAGCAAUACACGUUGCAGAUUCCGAUCAGUGAUACAGAGUGCAGAAUUAGAACUUUAACCAAUUUAGUUUCAAAAUAAAAUGCUUCUGGUUUAUCCCA